AUGACAUCAAUGAUACAAAAAGGUAUAUGUUCUGACCGUGUUCGUGGUCCAUCAUCAGUCAAUGUUGAUCUUCUCGAGUGUCCUAUUUGUCAUGAUCUACUCUGGAUACCAGUUGCCUGUCAAACAUGUGAAACAUCAUUCUGUUCAACAUGUAUCGAUCGGUGGCUUGCUGAUAAUCCAGAGAAAUGUCCAAAUCGAUGUAAAACAUAUAUCAAACGCAAAUGUCCCUCAUUCAUUGUUAAGCUACUUGCUCAAUUACAGCUUACUUGUUAUUAUCGAUCACAAGGUUGUGAACAGAUACUAUCACGUAUUGUUGAUGGUGACAAUAAAUCUACAAAAUGUCUUGUUGAUGUUAUACAUUUUCUUAUUAAUCAUUUACAACAACUUGUUUUACUUUAUAUGUUUGUUCAUUAUCGCGGUUUGCUUGAAACACACUUUUUUUCCACACUUAAUUCGACCACAACUGCAUAA